AUGACUCCGGCCCUGAUCAUCCGGGUACAAGGUCUCCAGCCCAAGGGACUUUACAAAGUGUUCCUCCUCUUUGUGCCGAUGGGCUUGAUGAUCCGUGGUUCUGACGGCGACUGGACCUCCAUCAACGCGCCCACGAAACAUCCCAUGAAGGCUUCUACCUACGCUCACCCUCGUGGGACGAUGGCUGGUCGAGACUGGAUGUCCGAUUUGAUCGGAUUCAAUGACAUCUUCCUGACCACCCACCCAGCUGCUGUUCGGCCCAUGGUACACGUGACCCUGUUCAGGCGGUACCAACUAGCCAUCCAGUUUAUCGGACCUGGCAAUCCUGAGCUUCUGGUUCUCAGCCAGCUCCAGUUCGUGACCGUCAGUCGCAGCUCCUCUCGCCUGCAAGUGAAACUCAAGGCAGAUGGAUGGGGCAAUUCAGCUUCGUACAUGAAACGGAUCCGUACAGAAAGACAGGCUAAGCUACGGAAAAUGCUCUAG